UCAACUAAGGUGAUGCGCGAAAGACCUCCACGGGCACCUUUUUUCACCAUCGUUCCCGUUGAUUAUUUCAACGCCUCUAUAUAAGUAUGCGAUACCAUAUCAUUCAGCAUCAGUGAUUCUCAGGCUCUUGUUCAGUGGAGUGCUUCGUAUCCAACAAAAUUGCACAACAUUUGAGCUGCGCCGGUGGUGGAUUAGGCACUGUGUUAUUUUUUUUUUGUUUUUGUUGUUAUUCUUGUACUUGAAGAAAAGCACAAGAGAAAUAUUUUCUUUUUUCUGCACUUCCCCUUUUGUGGUGUACACACGAUUCAUAUUUUUUUAUCGCGAGUGUAGUUCUUUUUUCCAUUAUAAAAACACACAGCCACCAAUUAAUUUUCCUCAGUGCAUCGAGCGUCACUGAAUGGGUUUGAGCAGAAGUCAGGAAGAAGACACUUGAGUUAGUUACAUUAAAAGUGCAAAGGGACAGAGGCCACCAAGAUAACACAAAAAAAAAUCUGGAAUAAUGAUGCGAAUUGUUUGUGGCGUUCUCCUAAUUGCCGUGACUGUGGUGGCAGAUCAGGAAUUCAUGAGUCCGGGUGUUCGUGCUGCCCUACGUGUUUACGAUGAGUGUCAACGUGCUGAGGGUGGGUUCAGUGUGUGCCUUAAGAAGAAGGCCAUCACGUUCAUUGAUCGUGUGACCAAAGUGGAUGCCAUAAAUAUCGGUGAGGGUGUUAGAGUAGUCCGCAGUGCCGACAGUCCCAUUGUGGACGUACCCAAGUCCAUUGGUGAGGACCUAGACAAGAACUUACCACGAAAUGCUGAGGCCAGAGAUGAGACACUAUCCACAAUGCUGGCGGAUCGUGUGGCGCGCUUCCUCAGUAGCAGAACAGUCAUGGUCAGCCUACCCAAAGUUUCUCCUGAUGAACUUGGACGGUCCGUUGAAGAAGGACGCGGUAAAAUGAAGAAGAUGAUGAGCAUGAUGAUGAUGGGCUUCGCUAUGAAGAUGGCAGCAAUGAUCCCUGUAGCGAUAGCUGGUUUGUACUUGCUCGCGGGCAAAGCCCUGAUAAUCUCCAAGAUCGCUCUCCUCUUGGCGGGAAUUAUUGCGCUCAAGAAGCUGCUGUCACAAAAACAGGGCGGCGGAGGUGGUGGAGGAUGGUCAAGCGGUGGUGGAUCUGGUGGAUGGUCAUCAGGUGGAGGUGGUGGACACGGUGGUGGAUGGGACAGACGAUCCCUCGAAGCCCAGGAUAUCGCGUACAGAGGAUAUGUUACACAGUAGAUAAGAAUCUCCUCUUCUUCUCACCCCAUCCCACUAAUCCCUAAUUUCCAAUCUUGGGAAAGUCAUAUUGGUUUUCCAUCUUUCCAACACCUCCAACUGUAAUACCUUUCUUUCCAAACUACUCAAAUCUAUAACGUUAUUUAUUUGUUUACAAAUUCUUCUAACAUGUUCAUUCCUUCAGCCAAGCAUUCCUCAAACCACCCACAGACUCAGAGGUAUUUACACAGAAGAAAAUUAUUAGAAAUCACAAUCAAUAAGACAAUUAUCUUCCUCUCUUUUACCACAAAAAGCUGCAGGUGAAAAGAUAAUUGGCCAAAAGUGAAUUGAGAGAUAAAUUGUACAAUUAGUAAUGAGAAAUUUCACACACUACAAAUGUAAUGUUAAUUUUAUCAUGAACUUGUUAAAACAAUUUAAUUUAUAAAUGAUGGAAAAAAAAUCCAAUCGUAUAAUUUGUUGAUGCCAAAUCAUUAUUAGAGCAGACAAAAUUUAGUGUGACUUUUAUUAAAUAAAAGUUCUCUCUUUCCUCUUCAAUUUAGAAUGAAAAAUGAAAAAGACAAGAAUGAAGAAAACGGCACAAGUGCCUAGUUCUGCUACAAAUGUAUCUUUUUACUAUUUAUUUAUUGUUGUUAUUGUAUUUAUAUUUAUUUAAUUCAAUUUUUGUUACUCUAUUUAAUUACCUCUAAAUUUAAUUAACUGUAAGGUAAAACAAACUAUAUAAAACUACCUUUUCUAUCAUCAAUAACUUUAUCAUCUUUUACCAAAUCUGUAAUCUAUACUUUAUGUAUUAAUCUUGUCUUAAGAUAAACCUCCUGAAACUCUAGACUGUCGAAGUAAAUCAAUAAUAAAGAAUUAAUGCUGGACAGAAAACAAA